AUGGAACCAAUAGACGCUAACGAGUAUUUGAUCCAGUACUUAGGAAGCAUUGAUAACCUUCCUUCCGAAAUUCACUAUCAUUUUACUGAGUUAACAAAUAAGGAUCAAGAAAUUGAGCAACUGGCAGAGAGAAUAGAGCGUCGUAAGAAAAGACUGUGGUGUCUAUAUGAUGGUGUCCCACUUGAAGAAGAUAGCGAUUGUUCUGUAAUGGAAAGUGUUUACGAAGAUCAAGACACAGAGGACGAUGACUCAGAUAGUGAAGUCGAAGAUCGUGACGAAGAUGAACAAAGCGACGAUCAUAUUGUUAAAAAGAAACGGCGCCGAGUGUCUCGCGUUAUUACCGAAUUCGAAGAUGAAGAAAUGUUAAAAGAUAAGAUAAUUAAAGAUUACGUAAGAGCUUCGCAAUUACAAGAUGAAAAGAUCGAAAUUGCUGAUAAGGCUCUGGCACUGGUCGAAAGGCAUAUAAAACGUCUUGAUGAAGAUUUUGAUAGUCUAUUUCCUCAACAUAAUCUUCGUGAAAAUCUUCAGGAAUCUUCUACUUCGGCUCCACCGAGCCCGUCCAGGUUAGAAUUAGUGUCAAACCAGCCAACGACACAUCACGUGAAUACCACAUCAACAUCACAAGCAACUAGAACACAAGUUCAACCAAUUCCAGCAGUAACACCUAUGUCUGCGUCCACAUUUCCUAAUACAUUUGAUUAUAAUAAAUUUUAUUAUCCCUCAUCAAGUGCUGAAUCUGAAGAAAUUCCAUUACCAUUUUUACCAAAUCCAAGUCCGUCUGCAACACGGUGUAAUAAAGACUCUAUGAUCUCAGGUCGUCGGCCGCCUGCAGUACCUGUUAGUGGUAAUAGUGCAAGACGUCGAAAACAAAUCCAUCUCUCGAGAGGAAUCAAAGUACGAAUGCAGAAUGGUGAAGAAAACGGUCCAUCGUCUGUUAAUGAUCAAAUCUCGAAUGGUGACAUUGACCUAAAUAUAUUGGAUCCAAAUGCUGAUGCAUAUGAAAAUACACUUAUGACUGGCACCAACUCAUUCUCAUCAGGCUUUGUACAGCCUGUUGAUCCGAAUGAGCCAGUAUAUUGUAUUUGUAGACAAGUCAGUUUUGGGGAAAUGAUUGGUUGUGAUGGAGAGAAUUGUCCUAUUGAAUGGUAUCAUCUCGACUGUGUCGGACUCAAAGCUGUACCGGAGGGAAGGUGGUAUUGUGAUACUUGCAUAGGAAAUGCAACAAGCCAAAUGAAAAAAAGAAAAAGAGGUCGGCCAGCUGGAUCGUGA